AUGGAGGAUGUCACAAUUGACAUUGGAAGGCCUCUAAACGCUCACAAUCGGAAGAGCAUGGGGGUGAUUGAGAAAGUCAGGGAGAAACCCUCUUUAGAUACCUCCUGGGAAGCACUCAAGGAUCAUAGGAAGAUUCCAAAUGGCCUCUACCUCUUCUCCAAGAUUGAUCCUUCAGAGGUUGUGGCACAUUAUCUUAAGGAUCUCGCAAGCCAAGGAGUUGACAUCUCAGAGUUCUCUAUGGAUUGGCUGCCUAAGCAUCCACCAAACUUUAUGAAGAGAACGCGAGAGCCUUCUGAUAAGUCAAAGAAGGCCAAGAAAGAAAAGUUGGGGGAAACUUUUAUGUUAAGACCUCCGGUCCCUCUGAUUGAAUCACCAAAACCUUCUGACCCUCAAUCACCCACACUAGCACAGCUUCAGGCACGUGCUCUUGCCUCACAACAACAACCGGAAGCUAACACUCCACCACCUGAACGACAAAUUCCACCACCAUCUGAACAACCCCAAACACCACCAUCUGAACAACCACCAAACCCACCACCAGAACAACCCACAACACCACCCUCUAAUACUCCCAUCAUACCAUCCUCUGCAAACAUCAUCAUCCCUACCUCUCAGACUCCCACUGACACCAACCAAACACCACCAACAUCCCCAUCCCCUAACACUGAACCAGAAACGACCUUUCCCACCCUAGAAGAAGCAAUCUUUUUAUUUGUUGAGUCUUCAGUAAAGAAGAUCAAGUCUCUAACUAUAAACUCCAGUAUCAUUGAUGAUCCCUCUGCAGUGAGGAUUCACUAG